CCUAGGUCAUCGGCGCGCCCGCACAGCCCCUCAAACAGCGCGAGACUUCCGCCCGCGCUCCCCCGCGGAGUUAUACGGAAAUCUUGUGAGAUUACUGUGCAAACAGAGUGAUGAUUAUACAGAGAGUGGUAUUGAAUUCCCGACCUGGGAAAAAUGGUAAUCCAGUGGCAGAAAAUUUUCGAAUGGAAGAAAUAAAUUUACCAGAUAAUAUCUGUGAAGGACAAGUAAAAGCCAGAACUCUUUAUCUGUCUGUGGAUCCUUACAUGCGUUGUAGAAUGAAUGAGGACACUGGCUCUGAUUAUAUAACACCUUGGCAGCUGUCUCAAGUGACCGAUGGUGGAGGUAUUGGGAUUAUAGAAAAAAGCAAACACAAAAACUUUACGAAAGGCGAUUUUGUGACCUCUUUCUAUUGGCCCUGGCAAACCAAGGUCAUUCUGGAUGGAAAUAUUCUUGAAAAGGUAGACCCAAAGCUUGUGGAUGGACACCUUUCAUACUUUCUUGGAGCUAUAGGUAUGCCUGGUCUGACUUCCUUGAUUGGAAUACAGGAAAAAGGUCACAUAACUGCUGGAUCUAAUCAGACAAUGGUCGUAAGUGGAGCUGCUGGUGCUUGUGGGUCCUUGGCUGGGCAGAUUGGCCAUUUGCUGGGCUGUUCCAGAGUGGUGGGAAUUUGUGGAACACAAGAAAAGUGCCUCUUUUUGACAUCAGAACUGGGCUUUGAUGCUGCAGUUAAUUACAAAAAAGGAAACGUGUCGGAACAGCUUCGUGAAUUAUGCCCAGCUGGAGUAGAUGUUUACUUUGACAAUGUUGGUGGUGACAUCAGUGAUACAGUGAUAAGUCAGAUGAAUCAAAACAGUCACAUCAUCCUCUGUGGUCAAAUUUCUCAGUACAACAAAGAUGUGCCUUAUCCUCCUCCACUACCCCCUGCUGUGGAGGCAAUCCAGAAGGAAAGGAACAUCACAAGAGAAAGAUUUCUGGUUUUAAACUAUAAGGACAAAUUUGAACCUGGAAUUUUACAAUUGAGUCAGUGGUUUAAAGAUGGAAAGCUAAAGAUCAAAGAGACUGUGAUAAAUGGACUGGAAAACAUGGGUGCUGCAUUCCAGUCCAUGAUGACAGGAGGUAACACUGGAAAGCAAAUAGUUUGCAUUUCAGAAGACACCUCUUUGUGAUCUUGGUAAAAGUCCUCAUUAAGGAUAUAAAUUUCUUUUUUUUCCACAAAAAUUUUCAAGAUACAUUUAAAAAACCUUAAAGAUAACCUUUGAUUUAGAUGUGAUCAUUGGUAAUAUUUUCUUAGCUAUUUAACAAUUCUUUCUUAUAUAUUCAGCAUGUGUACUUUAUAUCCAACAUAUUAUUUACAAUAAUAGAUUUAAGUCAGCAUGUUUUCCUUCUUUUUGCUAAAAUGAAUAUUACUUAUAUUUUAUAAUAGCUCGUCACACUGGAGAGUUGAUAUACCUAUUAAUAGAUCUAAUAGAUCAUACAACAUUUAUGAAAACUAAAAUCUUUUAUUGAAAAUAGAAAGGUACUUAGUUAACAUUUGUUGGACUGGAAAUGUCUUACAUAAUUCCUGAAUUGAAACCUGGUAAAAGGAUAGAAUUGGGUUGCCUUUUCAUACUAUAAAUAGAAGAGACACUUAAUGCAGGUUACAUGUGUAGGAAUUUGGGGGAAUUUAGCAUUUCUAGAACAGUUCUUGGGGAUAGGGCAGAGGUUUUGUCGUUGUGAGUAGUAUGAGAAAAUAACUGAGGUUGGUAAGGUUACUAGAGAGACUAGAUUUCCUACAGAAGAUGACUGAUUUUGCCUGAUAGUUUACUGUAUAGCCUAAAAAACACUCAUAUUGAAAACGUAUGUUUUAGAUUAACAGGCACAAACUGUCAAAUAGUUGUAAAGAUUUCAAGGUGUACACACUUGGAGUUUUAGGUGAUUGAAAAGAUGCAGACAGCAAAGAUAGCUUCAGAAAGAAAACUGGACAAAUAAAGAAAUGGUUGUAAAAAUGAAUAAUCUAGCUUGUACCUCUGAAGAGUUUAAUUCAUUGUAAUUAACCCUUUAAAACAAUAAAAAUGAUAUUU